UGCACACAGUGCCGUGGUCGGUCUGUGCGGACACAGCACCGUGCAAUGCAUGGGGGUGGGAGGGGGAUUGCACAGAACAUCGUGCAAUAGAUUGGGAGGUUGCACACAGAGCCCUGGUUGGUCUGUGCUGACACAGCACCCUCGUGCAAUGCACUCGGUGUGUUUCGAGGACCGUGUGCAGGGCUCGCGGAGAUUUUGCGCUCGCCCCUCCGCUGGGGUAAAUAGGAGGCAGCGGUAGCUGCUGAGCCAAACUCUCCUCUGAUCCCUGAGUCUCCCUCUGACUGAGCAGCUUGAAGGAGCCAAGCGAGCGAUGGAUCCCCAGGACUGUCCUUGUGCUACCAGUGAGUGACUCCUCCCCGCUGCCGGGCUGCACAAACCCUGCUCCAAGCUGCCGGGGGGGGGGGGGGGCGCAGAGGGGUUCUUCUUAGACUGGUUGGAGAGGCCACCUCUCAGUCUGUGCCAGGACUAAGCCCCAGGACCUCUAGGCUUGGCAGUUCAUAGCCCUGGCAUCUGUGAUCUUGCUGCAUCAGUUAUGGAUGUAAAACAAUUGCUUGAGCCCUUGCACCUGUUGCAUUACAAAUUAAACACCGGGCAGGGCCUCUGUUUUUUCCCUCACUGGGAAACUGCCACCGGCAUUGCAUGCAAUCAGCAUGGGCAGGGGAAAGAAUCUCUAGCUCUUGGAGUGACUCUGGCUUUUCCCUCUGGGCUAUGAAAUAGAUCAUGGAAACCAAACUCCCAGACUUAAAUGUCCCCUGGUCUUACCCUGGCAAGGCGGGCUCUAUUUAAAUAUCCCAUAAGUGGGCCGAGUAUGUCUUAAAAUACCCUUUUUUCACAGAGUGAGAAGAUUCUUCAGGUGGCAUGUGUGGCUGUACUGGUAGUUGCAAAUGCAAAAAUUGUAAAUGUGGAUCUUGCAAAAAAAGCUGCUGCUCCUGUUGCCCAGCUGGAUGCAAUAAUUGUGCCAAGGGCUGUGUCUGCAAAGAGCCAGCAUCCAAGAAAUGCAGCUGCUGUCACUGAAAUGGACAUCUUCUGUGUUCCUGUGACUAUUUGUAUGUAAAAGAGCAGUGUUCCUACAGUGAUGAUUGUUGUAGAACUAUGAGUGUGAGGAAUGAAAAUAAAGGCUUUACUUGAGAAAUAGAA